AUGAAAGGCUUUAUGAAAAAACAAAAAGACACGCUAUGCCCUAAAGGCUUAAACUCUUUCUCUCUCGCCCUCCGACAUUCGUUCUUCUCUACAGGGGAUUGUCCAGCCACGCUACUAGACCUCCGGCGCCACCCUCCCAGACCUCCGUUGCCACCCUUCCAGACCUUUGGUCCGACAGCAAGGCAUCAGUUAUAUUUGGCGCCUUUAGCCCUUUACUUGAUAUCUUCCUUCUUCGCCUCUUUCAGUAUUAUUCUACCUUUUAUAUUCUCAGUGAUGGCAUUGAUAGGGAUGGCAACAUUAGGGAGAAGAUGCAAGAGGUUAUUUGGACUGCGUGGUUCAGCUCCUGCCUUUGUGAUUGUGAAUCUAUUGUUCAUUUGGUGUGCUUAUGUGAUUGUAAUUCGACAAGCCGUCUCUUCUUUAUUGGACAUUGUCUUCAAUGUAGAGUUUAUUAUGCUCCAAAUCGGUCUAUAUAGAAUCCUAUCAGGUGAUCCUGGUUUUGUUAAUUGUAAACCUCCUAAUGAAAACCCAGAUUCUCUCUCCAACAAUGAAACAUAUCAGGAGGGAUCAGAGCUCCUAAUAUCUGACAUGGAUCAGGGAUGCCCCUCUAAUGAGAGUUCAUUAUUACUUCAAAGGGUAAGAUAUUGUAAGCAUUGUGAUGCAUAUGUUAAGGGAUUUGACCACCAUUGUCCUGCUUUUGGGAAUUGUAUAGGCCAAAACAAUCAUCUACUUUUCAUGAUUCUCCUAGCAGGAUUUAUAACAGCCGAGGCUUGUUACAUUAUGGGUGCAUCUCAGAUUUUGUCUGAGAGUAAAGAGAUGGUUGGUUGGAAUGAAACAUUAGUUUCUAGCACAAUGAUAUUUUCCAUUCUGCAAGUGCUAUGGCAGGGGGUAUUUUUGACAUGGCAUAUAUAUUGUGUGUGUUUCAAUAUCAGAACAGAUGAGUUUAUAUACUGGAAAAGAUAUCCAGAGUUCCAGCAUAUUGUACAGCUUCAACCAGGGGAGACGAUAACAACAACAAAGUUUAUAAAUCCAUAUGACAAAGGAAUUUUGCAGAAUUUGAAGGAGUUCAUUGAUGCCAGAGGCUAAACGAAUUGAAGUUUAUUGUUGUUGUAAAUUAGUUAAAGCAUCAAGUUUUAAGGAAAUUACAUCAUUUUGUCCUUAAUUCCCAUUUUUCCUUUGCUCCUCUACCAAUGAUGCAAGAAUGGUUCCAGAGUGUUAUCAGUUGACUUUUUCAACAUAGAAUUAUCUGUUGUGAUGGAGCUGUUGAUGUUAUUGAUUCUAACAAGGAUAUUGUGAUGUAUGUGAACUCUCCUAGAGGAUUGCUGGUAUGGCCAUCUUUGACACCAUGAAACAUAUGUGAAACAAGGUGUCCCUUAAUAGCAAUGUAGUAUCAGGUUAUACAGGAAAACCUCUUAAUAUCAAUGUAUUACAAUUUUUUGAUAACUUCUUUGACAUGACGUUAUUGUAUGAAAUUGUUUUUUUUUUUUGGUAUAUAUUUGUUUACAUAUUUUUGUAUUAUGCGUAAAUGAGUAUUGUAAAGGCAC